AUGUAUACAUAUUAUCCACAUAUCCUGCUUACAUCUGUAACCCACAUCUCCCCACAAGCCGAAGACCUUGAAGGGGAGAUUUCCCUUGCUCACGAUCUUGAGGAGAACAUCCUAGCCUUGACCCGACUCCUGAGGUGCCGGCUAUCGGGCGACCUUUGGCAUACGAAACUCUAUGAAAUCAUAGUUCUCGCCCGCGGUGCUCGCUCGUGUUCCAGUCUUGCGCAUCGCUGA